AUGGUUAUUAUAUCUAUGUUGUUUAUACAUUCAUCAAAGGGAAAUGCUGCUACAACUCCAAAUGACAAUUCGAUAUCUGUUCUUGGGUCAGAAGAUGCCACUACAUGUCACAUUAUAGUGCUCAGGCACACAGGGAGUGGUGCCAUUUGUUUAGCACAUUGUGAUGGAACAGACACUGAGAAUGAAGUAGCAUCCAUAAUAGAAGCAAUAAACGCCCUACCAAAUUCAACUGAAGGAAGGCUAGAAUUACAUAUUGUUGGAGGCUUUAAUGAUGAGCGGCAACUAUCACAAAAGCUAUCACAGCAGCUUCUUAGAGCAUUUGACAAUCAAGUUCAAGAAAUACAUCUUGUAACAUUCUGUGUAACAGAUUUAAACAAUAAAAAGAAUGAUGAAAUUCACCUUCCAAUAAUAUAUGGUAUAGCAGUACAUGUUAAAACAGGAGAGAUUUUCAAGGCAAAAUUCCAAGACCACCAACCAGAUGAAGAUUUGAGAUUAGCGUCCAUCCUGGCAGGAGGAAAUAUGGUAAAUAUAUAUGAUGCAAAACAAGAACAGCUGAAUAUUGGGCCUUAUUCUUGGACACCAUUCCCAAAUGUUGAUUUUUGGCUGGAGCAGGAAGAUGAGCAGAUUUUACAGUGUUUCUCUACAUCACCUGUGGCAGAGCCUCCACAUUUUGUAAGCGAUAUAAGAUCAGCACUUCUAUUUCUAAAGGAACAUCCUUACCCAUGCAUAUCUUUAUUCCCCGAUAGAAAGCCUCGCUCCUAUAAGAAAACAAAUGAUGGACAAUGGCAGCAGUUAUAAAACCCGGAAAUCCUUGCAUUGUGUGUAUGUAAACGUUCCCUAGGUAAACCUUAUGUCUUUGCUAUAUCUGUAUGAUGGUGUAAUAUUAUUUAAAAGCUUGAAACCACAAAGAAGAUGGCUUAAUAUUCAGGGCCCAGUCACACCAGGGAAAUCUGUUGUGGUGCAUUUAACACACUUUAUGAUGUACAUUAACAUGCAUUGUGUAAAGGCAGCUCUGAAUGAUCCUGCAGCAAGUUUCGGUAGUCCAGCACACCACAAUGCAUUACCACACAUUGCAGUAAUUGAUUCUGCAACAUAUGAAUGCACAUAAUGUAACAUGCAUUACCACAGUGCAGUGAUGCGAAUGGCUCCUCCAGCACACACUGUGUGUUUUCUUUUGAUAUCAAUGAAAUUGCAUUAAAACUCAAAUUAAGGCAUUUUUAACAUGUAAUGCAAUGCACUUGUAAUAAAUCAGCAUUAUAAAACAAACAAUAUUUUGUACAAUUAUACAAUAUUAAUAAUAAGUAACUUUAGUCCCAAAAGGACUUUUAUUUUUAUUUUUUUCAAUAAUUAAAAUAUUUAUUUCAUACUGUAUUUGUAAGGAAACAAUGAUGGUUUUGAUGAAUUAAAGUGAUUUUAAGCUUCA